AUGGCCACCUUUCUCUAUCUUGUUCUCGCUCCGACGUGGCAGAAGCGUCACGUUAUGGAAUUGCCAUGGGGGAAUCCGCCCGAUUGUGACUACAUCUUGAAAGAAGAGCUUGCUGAUCUCUUUCACGAAAAGAAUCCCACCGAGUACGAUUAUUCACGCUUCUUUGGCGAUAAUACCUGGUGUCCAGAUCGGGUUAUGCUACGCCAAGGGAUACGGCUCGGGUUGCAUUUGUCUAGAAAUGGCAUUAUCCACGUUGACGAUGAAGUUGACAGCCCGCUUAAGUCUGCGGAGGCUAACCCAAAACAUGUAUUUCCAGAAGACCCAGCACUCCAUGAGAGGUCUAGAGAUGGAGUUCCCACUAUAGGUUUCAACAGUCAACAGCAGAUGGAGGGCAAAACCAUCUGGCUCCGAUGCGGGGUACUUUGCGUGGAGCAUCCGUUCCCUGAUACCCCCAACGAUGUCCAAGGGUCGUCAGACGAAAAGCCAAUUUAUACCAUCUCAACAAAGAGUUCCACAGAUGAUAUUGUUACUAUUCGAUGCAAGAAAGGAACGAUAUAUAUGGUGAUACCGAGUGGCAUUCAUCACAAGACCCUUUUGGCCUGGCUGAGGUAUACCAUGCUGCGUCUCUACGGGAGCCCUAGUACCCAUAAUUGGAUUUGGGAAGAAGAUGGCAAACCAUCGGCAUACGUUGCGUACUUGGAAAUCCGUUUGCCAAUUUUCACCUCUGUCGACGUAGAGGAGGAGAAUGCUUCUAGAACAACUUCCGAGUCGGCCGAGAGCUUUGUCAUACGAAAGGGAGACUUUUGCUUUCUCUAUCAACUCUUCUGGGAGUACUUUUGCAUCAAACGUGGGCUUGUCACCAGCACUAUGGGUUGGUCGACAGCCGAGUGGGCGCGGGUGCAACGAGGGAUUCUCAGAACCUGGUCGCCGUCGACAGUGGCCAAGAGGUACCGCAAUGGCGACCUCCAUCUAUCAGACUAUACGGAUAUAACGGUGGAUGAUCGAACUGUACGUAGAAAGUUUUCGAUUGUUGUCCCUGGUCAAAAUCUUUCACAAGAUCACGCUCAAAUUGUCAAUUAA